AGCCGAAAUAGAUAGAUGUACUUUCCCGGGUUAUGUAAAAGCCUAGAGUCUGGAGCGGUUGGCGCAGGUAUAAAGGUCGGCUGUACCCUCGACGGCCUAAGAGUUGCUCGCGAACUUCACUCCGACAACCAUCGCAGUGAUAUUUUAUAUGGGCCAGCUGUGUUGCACUUUCUCGAGGCAUUAACAUUAAAAAAAUAUAUAUUUAUCGUGUAUCAGUGGAACAAGCGGCCACCAGUUGCAGCUCAAUUCGGCAUCACGAUGAGGACAAUAAUUAUUGCGGUGGCUGUCGUGGGGAUCGUCAGUGGCCAGGAUCUUUAUUUUCGCGAACCCGAAAAAUUGAAAAGCGAGUCGAAGAAUUUCGGCGACACACUCGGUACUUAUGCAGUCGCUUAUGAGACCGAGGGUGGAAUUUUGCAGCAGGAAAUUGGAUCGCGAAAAUACGCUGGCACCCCUGAUGAGGCACAACUGAUCCAGGGAUCAGUUCAGUACAAUGCCCCCGAUGGAACCCCAAUUUCCCUAAGUUGGACCGCUGACGAAUAUGGAACGCAAGUGUCCGGUUCCCAUUUGCCAACUUCACCCCCUAUUCCACCGGCGAUUCAGAGAGCACUCGAUUGGAUUAGCAAACAGCCAACCACUGAGGAACCUGAUUAUGAUAAUGGAGAAGGACGUCCAGCUCAGGUCAAAGCGAGUGCACCCAAAGCGAUAGCUUCCAAGGAUCCCAAGUUCAGAAGUCAAAAGAAGUUCUAAUUUAUUUUUCCAUUUUUUAUAUUUUUGUAAUUUAAUAAAUGUGCGCUGGAGUUA